CGUUGCCCGCCCCUGCCGGCCCCUCCCAGGAGCGUGUAGAGCGCGUGUGCAGAGGCGUAAGGAGCCAGCGCGGCGAGGACCAUGUUGCUUCCGAACAUCUUGCUCACCGGUACACCAGGGGUUGGAAAAACUACAUUAGGCAAAGAACUUGCAUCAAGAUCAGGACUGAAAUACGUUAAUGUGGGUGAUUUAGCUCGAGAAGGGCAGUUAUAUGAUGGCUAUGAUGAAGAGUAUGACUGUCCCAUUUUAGAUGAAGAUAGAGUAGUUGAUGAGCUAGAAAACCAAAUGAGUGAAGGUGGAGUUAUUGUUGAUUACCAUGGUUGUGAUUUCUUCCCUGAACGCUGGUUUCAUAUAGUAUUUGUCCUGAAAACAGAUAACAGUAUUUUGUACAAAAGACUUGAAAAUAGGGGUUAUAAUGAGAAGAAACUAAAAGAUAAUGUUCAGUGUGAAAUUUUUCAAGUUCUUCAUGAAGAAGCCUUAGCAUCCUACAAGGAAGAAAUAGUGCAUCAACUGCCGAGCAAUAAACCAGAAGAUCUAGAGGAUAAUAUCACUCAGAUACUGAAAUGGAUUGAGCAGUGGGUCAAAGAUCACAGUUCUUAACAAGAAUGGCCACUGCACAAUCACUCUUGACAUCUCUCUGCCGAUGUCACGUAAAUUAUUGUUAUCAAUAAAACUUUCUUAUUGAAAUUGUGCUGUUAGACUAGGAGGUGGAUAGUAUAAAGGUUUAUAUUUGGGUUUUUUUCUCUAUGAGAAAGCUAAACUCAAAUAUAAUGAAUAGUACUAUUAAGGAUUGAGAGUUAAAACUGUAAAAGUUUAUUACAGAAGAAAAUCAAGAUGAUCUCUUAAAAUAAAACACAGGUUAAAGAUAAAGCA